AUGGCUCGACCAGAUGACUGGCGGGCGCUUGAGGCCAUCGGCCCGGACGACCUUGGCCCGAAUCUCGGCAGCUUCGACUUUGGCACCGAGUUUCCGAGGCCCGGCUCCGCUCCGCCGAACCUGGUGCCGGAUCAACCUUACUCCCGCGCAGGCCUUCACCGGCUGAUGGAGGAACCCGAGCAUUUCGACGCGGACGUGCAGCGACCGCGCUCCGCGCCUGCGGAGGACCUUCAGCGCUGA